CAUACCCAUUGUUGAUCAAUUGUUGUUACACAAGAAAAGUUGUUGUCCCAAAAUUUAACUCAAUACACAAUUCAAACAGUUGAUUAUUCCAACAUGAAUGAGAGUGAUAAUAGCUGUCGGUUGUGUCUGAACGACUUCGACGAGACUUUCCUGUCGAUAUUUUCGAAUUCCACAAGCGAUGGACCAUCGCUCUCCACCAAAAUCAUGAUCUGCCUAGCCCUUCCGAUUGAGCCCACGACUUCAUUCUCCACGAAAAUCUGUAAAAAUUGCAGCGAAGAAAUCACCCGUUUCUACGAUUUCCGGGACAAAUGCUUGAGAACUCAUUACAGUUUAUCCCGAAGUUACAAAGAUUCAAAUAAUCGAGAGGAUUGUUUCACGAAGGUUGAAAAACCAGACGAAAUAAUUCCGGAUCGCGAUCCAGCCCUGGCCCCCGACGAUGAUUUCCAAGAAACAUCGAGAAAUCCUGGUUCUAUGGCUCCGAAAACGAACUCCUCCCAACGAUUUCUGCAUCCACUCCCAAACGAAAGCGUAUCCACCCCAAAAAACCAGCUGGAAGAGACCCCGGACAUCCGGCAGGACCCGACGAUUUCCCUAAAAACGGAAUCCGAGAGCACAAUUUACGAAUACAAAUGUCUGCACUGCAACAACUCAUUCUCAGACUUGGACGCAGCCUCGAUCCACUGCAUGGAGUGCAGUAUUUCACGUGAGGGGAGGAACCUCCCCUCAGAAGACAUCACCAAUACCACAUCAAAGGACCAAAGACCAGAAAGUGAAAGAAAGAGAGUCCCCCCUGACCCCCAGGAAUCGAGCGCAAUUUCUUCGAACCAAUCACCAAAAAAAAUCAGACCAGAGAAAGCAACUGUUGAAUGCUCAGAGUGCAAUACAAAAUUCUCGAGUGCAUCUCUCCUGAAACGUCACAUGCCAGUGCACACGGGUGAGCGUCCAUUUGCCUGCGAGACCUGCAACAGAAGAUUCUCCCAGAUGGGACAGUUAAAUUUCCACCGAAAGUUCCACGACAACCCCCGCUACCGCUGCAAAUUCUGCGAGAAGCCCUUCCUCCGUCCCAGUGACGUGGAGAAGCACAUGAGGACUCACACAGGUGAGAAGCCCUUCACCUGCGAGAUCUGCGACAAGUCCUUCGCGCAAUUGGUGGCCCUGAAGCAGCACGAGAGAGUCCACACUGGUGACAAGCCCUACAGCUGUGAAAUUUGUGGCAAAAGGUUCUCGCAGAAAGCGAAUAAAACGAAACAUUUGAAGAUUCACAAGGAGGGGACGAAGCCUCACACUUGUGGAGUGUGUGGACGUAGCUUUUACGAACACGAGGAGAUGGUGCUGCACAGGGCGGGACAUGGGGGUGGAAAGCCGAGGAAGUGUGAUCAGUGCGACGAGAGGUUCAGAAAACUCUCGGAAUUGACUGAUCAUGUCAGGAGGUACCACACCUUCGAGAGACCCCACAAAUGUGUGUUUUGUUCCAAGGCGUUUUACUCUCUGUAUAAUCUGAAGCAGCAUGUCAUGAUUCAUACUGGACAGAGGCCAUACCCAUGUGCAAUGUGUGAAUUGAAAUUCACGCAGAAGGGGAAUUUGGCGAAGCAUUAUGAGAGGAAACAUAAAAAUAGAGGAUCCAGUCUGGGGGAGGAUGGUAAAAUUGAAAAUAAUACAAUUAAUGACUGACACGGCGUCCAUAUGUCGUGUGGACCUAAGCGAAAAUGCAGAACACUUUUCGAAAUUAGAUCAUUUCGAAACUAUGACAGAUAGUAAAAUGAAACCGACACCAUUGGAAAGCUAAAUUGGAGAGGUUUAACUACAUAUGGGUUUGAUAAUUUUUCGUCCAUCAGAAGUUAUCAAAUCUCAGGGAUAUUGAGCUCUCGUUAGACGCGAGGGGUUCACUGAUUUGUUAGCAACGUUUUUAAGUAGUUCCACUUGAAAUUUCGGUGUUGAAAAGACAAAACCGCACACUUGUAGAGUCUAUGGACCAAGUUUAAUGUGUAGGGACAAUCUUGCAUUGGGUGGGAUAUGGGGAUGGAUAAGCGAGGAAGAAACGUACGAAAUUGACUGUCAUGUCGGGAGGUACCACACGUUCGAGAGACCUCACAAAUGUGCGUUUUGUUCCAAGACGUUUUACCCUUUGUUUAAUCUGACGCAACAUGUCAACAAAAAUCGCAUGGAAAAAUUCAUAAGGGGUGAAACCCCACACUAGUGAAAUCUCCGGAAAAAAUUUCUAUGAAUACGAAAUUAUUACUUAUUCUCAGCAGGAGCCAUUCCCCUGUGCAAUGUGUGACUUGAAACUCCUGUAGAAUCCUAAUUUGACGAAACGGUAUGAGAGGAAGUAUAAAAUACUAUAGAUGAAGUCCGAGGGACAAUGGAGAAGUUGAAAAUUAUAUGAAAAUUAAUGACUGACGACUCAACUUCGUUAACUAAUACGUUAUGAACAUGAUUAUGUAUCAUAUUGAGGACUACUCACUUCCCUCAUUUCACAAUUGAAAAAAAAAACUAUAAAAACCUCACGUGAUUGAUCGUAAAUGCCAGUUAAUUCAUAACAAUAUUUAUUUACACUCAUCUCACACGUUUCAACUAUUAAAAAUCAAAGUACCUGAAAAAUUGAUCGCCUACUCACAAGACUUCAAUACUGACCUCAAUCCUGUGACACUGUUUAAAAAUAUUAAUGUAAAUACUUGAUGUUAAUAGAAACGAAGCUAGUGAACAAAACCUGUGGAAAUUUGAAUGAUGCACUCAACCUUCGCACACGCACUGAAUUAUUCCCCUUGAAAAAAUACAGCGUACAAAAUCCUUAGACUAUUCAUAAUCCCUAAACAGUCUGAGAGCAUGACUCUCAUUUUUGUACAA